GCAGCGAUAGCAAAGGCCGCGAGCAUCAUCCCCGCCUCCAAACCGCUCAUACUUCGCGUUCCGAGCGAGGCCGUAAUCCAAGAGCUCACGACGAAAAGAGCGAGAAACGAAGAUAACGACUGGGUCGAUAAAACCGAAUCCGACGCGCAGAGAACUGCGAUCGCGAAUAUAAGGGCCAGGGAGGCCUGGACGGCGUUCAUAAUGACGCCUCUGAAGGGAAAGAACGCAUCAGUGAAGAAGGCGAGAGAUGCCGCAAAAGCAGCGAAUGAAGCGGGACCAAUCGAGGAACUGACCGCGCCUCCUCCAGAGUUUACAAUACACGGAGCAAGACUCUGUGCCUCCACCCAGAGCUCCCUAUACCGGAGCCUCAUCAAGAAAAGGAAGCCCACCACGAGAAGACACACCGCAAUGAACCUGGACAUAAUACGGUGGGCGGCGGCCGGACUAGGGCGGAAGACCCCCCCCUCAGACGCCCAGAUAUGGAAAGCAACCCGCAGCCCGGUCAUGUUGAGGGCCGAACGCGCGUUCCUGUACAAAACCGUGCACGAGGCCCACCGGGUGGGCGGUUUCUGGGAGAAAAUACAGAACUACGAAAACAGAGCAGUCUGCGGCGUAUGCGACUGCACAGAAUCCAUAGAGCACAUACUCACCGACUGCGAAGGUAGCGGGUGCUACAUAAUUUGGCGACUAGCGGAGUCCCUGUGGAGACGCAAGACGUCCAAGCCAUGGCCAGGCAACGCGUACGGCACCAUAAUGGCGUCGUGCAUGGCGAGUUUUGAGGACGACAAGGAUGGGAGCGUUAGCAGAUUCUACAAGAUCCUGAUCGCGACGUCGGCUUACAUGAUAUGGGUCAUCAGGUGCGAACGGCGGAUCCAACGCGGGGAACACCCAGAGAAAAGGCACACGCGAACGGAGAUACACAAUAGGUGGGUAGCCAAAAUUAACCAACGGCUGAACCUAGAUAGGGCGAUGGCGAACGGAUCACGUUACGGAACGAAGGCCCUAGCAAGGAAAACGGUCCUGAAGACCUGGUUGGGCGCACUAGAUGACGAAGAAAGCCUCCCCGAGGACUGGAUCUGGAAGAGCGCGGUUUUA